AGGCCCUUUUUGCGCCUCUCUCUCUCUCUCUCUGUCUUUUUCUCUGAUCCCUUCUUCUUCUUCUUCUUCAGAUUUCCUUCCACUUUUGCCUGAAAAAGGUUUAUCAUAUACUUUUUGCUUCUUCUUUUUGUGAUCUGGUCCGUUUGAUCUCUCUCAAUGAAUUCAGCUAAUUACCGCAUAAUACUGCCUUCGCGCCUUGUUCUUGACCUUAAUGAGGAUCAUCAGAGCCAUGAACUCUUCUUGAUGAGCCCACCGAAAUCUGAAGCUUCAUCUUCAUCUUCCUUCCCUCUCUCAUCACCAAGUCCCAUCUUCUACAACUUAUUAGGUCAAGAUCAUCAAGGCGGGUCAUGCAAAUAUGAAGAUCAUCAUCAGCUUGAGAAGCUCCAACACCCUCAGGAGGUUGAUCACAAGCCCGUUUCACAAGGAGAGUCUCAUGGUGGUCAUGGACUCAACGUAACCUUGUGGAAGAAAGGAGGAGGAGGAGUGAGAGAUGAGAGUGACCAAGUGGACAAGUAUUACUCGGUGAAGUGGAUGUCUUCCAAGAUGAGAAUCAUGAAGAAGAUCAUGAGCGCAGAUCACCAUGAACAAUCACGGGACAACACCCCGAUGAUGACUAGUGGUUCAAUUUCAGCUGGUGGCAAUCACAAGUUGUUCGUCGAAGAUCACAAGCAAUUACCAUCAUCAUCUUCUCUCGAGACUGAUAGCAGCAGCAACAGCUCCUCCUACAACACCAACCCAAUUAGGGUUUGCUCAGAUUGUAACACCACCAAGACUCCACUUUGGAGGAGCGGGCCAAGAGGUCCAAAGUCUCUCUGCAAUGCUUGCGGGAUCCGGCAAAGGAAGGCAAGACGAGCCAUGGCCGCCGCCGCUGCGGUUGCCGCUGCCGCAGAAAGUGGAGCUCUUCCUCCGGCCACAAUGCCAUCUCCAAAGAGCAAGUUGAAACAACACAAGAACAAAAGGUCAAGCAGGGCCGCAGGUUGUGGACAAGAGCCGAUAAAAAAGAAGCGCAAAGCAAAACCACAUAAUAAUCAUGCAUCCGCCAGUGGAAGAAAGCUUUGCUUGGAAGAGUUUGCCAUAAGGUUGAGCAAGCAUUUAGCUUUCCAGCGAGUGUUCCCUCAGGAAGAGAAGGAAGCUGCCAUCUUGCUCAUGGCUUUAUCCUAUGGAAUCGUUCAUGGCUGAUGACUGACGACAAUGAUCAGUUUGCAAGAAAGAGACAAAGUUUUUCUUACAAGAACGGUUCGAUUCAUAUAUUUUCGUUUAGUACUUGAACGACCUUAUCAGGAAGUGACAUGUUUUACUUAGUUUGAGUCGAUGUAGGUUGGAGGGGAAACCAAACCCAGAUGAGGAUUAGUGAACUGAAUAAUUAUAAUGUAUCAGACAUAAUAAUAAUUGAUGUGGUCUCGUCGUGUUGAAGUUGUAGUUCAGCAAGAUGAUAACCAAAGUAUGGAUCUCCCGUUUGUUUACAUGUUGGUUUUGAAGGUUAUCAACAAGAGAAUUGAUUUAAAA